AUGAAGUCUAUGCUCUUGAAGAAAAGUGACCUCCACUCUACUCUACCAACAACAAUCAAGAAAAAAAGGUUCAGACCUAUCCUGGAGAAAUCUGGAAAACCAACUAAGAGUAUAAGAAAAAGGGACAAACUGCUUGCAAUCCUUGAGGAAGAACUUGAACCAAUAGAUAAAGAUGCAUACACCCCAGUAAAAAAGCUCAGAAGAAAAAGAGACUCAUCUAUAAUUGAUAGACUGGCCUCUUACAACACAAUAGAGGAUAUUUUAGCUAUGCCUGCAAAUUAA